AUGCCGGCGGUACUCUUCAAGGCGUCGGAUUACUAUGGCAUCAUGGCAGAUGAGUGUAGGCUCACAAUAGUGGGCAAAUUUCUCAAACCUAGGCCCCAAAUUGACCGAAUUAGGUCAAAAUUCAAAGAACUAAUCUUUAUUAAAGGCUCGGUCAAGAUUGGGGUUUAUGAUAACUACAACGUUUUCUUGGAUUUCACCAAUGAAGAAGACUUCAAUUUUUUCUGGUACAAGAGGGUUGUCGAAAUUGAGGGACAACAAAUGUGGUUACAAAGGUGGUCUCCGGACUUCAAGCCUAAAGAGGAUCUACCAGUGGCACCGGUAUGGGUACUGCUACCAAGACUACAUUUUCAUAUGCACAGAUGGCAGUAUGUCAAACAGGUGGUCAGCGCUGUUGGGACUCCACUGGAAAUGGACUUGGCAACGAGAGGAAAGGCCAGACCUAGCAUGGCUAAGGUAAGAAUUGAAAUCGACCUACUAAAACAACAACCAGAUUCUGUUUAUGUUGGUCAAGUUUAUGAUGAUGCUCCUCAAAAAGGCUUUGUUCAAAAACUUGAAUAUGAGGGUGUCCCAAAGUAUUAUAAACACUGUAGAAAGCUUAGGCAUAACAUGAUGAACUGUAGAGUUUUAGAAAGGAAAGGAGAAAUGAAAAAGAAAGAGCGGGAAGCAAAACAAGACAAGGAGGUGAAUCUUGAAACCAAAAAAGAUGGGGAAAAAAAAGAGAACAUAGCAGCAGUAACAAGGGAAGGCAGCAGAAUAAACCUGGAACAACACUCCCAGAGAAAACAGGGACACAAUGUAGAGCUUAACAACAAGAAUGAGAGCAUCAAUAAGAUCAACAAUGAAGAACAACCAAGUGAUGAGAACAAAGCUAAAAAUCAGGAAAGGAUGCAGGGGCAGAACAACCAAAAAAGUCAAGGCUAG